GACAGAGUCCUGGUUCUGGUCCGUCACAGUCGGUGCUGGAUUAUGGCUCACAGGAGGAUGGAGACUAAACCGGUGAUCUUCUGUCUGAAGACGCUGCUGCUGCUCUACUCCUUUAUCUUCUGGGUGACAGGUGUGGUCCUGCUGUCGGUGGGGUUGUGGUGGAAGUUCAUGUUGGGCCCCUACAUGUUACUGAUCUCCAGCGCCCCGUCCAACGCUCCAUACGUCCUCACCGGCACCGGAGCCGCCAUCGUGCUGUUCGGACUGUUCGGCUGCUUCGCCACCUGCAGGGGGCGCCCCUGGAUGUUACGACUGUACGCUGCGUUUCUGUCUCUGGUCUUCAUGGCCGAACUCAUCGCUGGAAUCUCUGGAUUCGUCUUUCGCCAUGAGAUCAAAGGGACGUUCCUCACCACCUACAGCGAUGCAGUGAUGACCUAUGAUGGACGAGAUGACAGGAGUCUGGCUGUGGACGGUGUCCAACGCAGAUUACACUGCUGUGGAGUGUAUAACUACACCAGCUGGUUCAGCAGUGUGUAUUUCCCGGUCGGGGGGGUUCCCGCCAGCUGCUGUGUCAGUCUCUCCGACUGCAGCGGAGCCGACCUGAAGAACGCAACUUUGGCUGCACGUAAAGUCUACAAACAGGGCUGUUAUGAGCUGGUGACGUCCGUCAUAGAGAGCAACAUGGGGAUCAUCGCUGGAGUCACCUUCGGCAUCGCCUUCUCUCAGUUCAUAGGAAUGUCUUUGGCCUGUUGUUUGUCUCGCUUCAUCAACGCCAACCAGUACGAGAUGGUCUGACAGAAAAAAGAUGAGGAUGCACAUCACCAUGGAAACCUGACAUGCAUACCACUUUCUUGAAUCUGAUUGGUUGUCUGUGUUAAGAAAUAAUACAUCAUUAAUAAUGUUAAAUAACUUGAGGACACUCUCACUGAGAGGGCACCAAACUGAACCACACACCCUGUAGUUUUUAUUCCUGUUUGUUUUGUUGUUUAUUUUUGUUGUUGUUGAUUGUGUUCCUGAAACAAUCUCUCCAUGAAUCUGAACACUUUAAGAACGUCUCCAACAUUUUGACUGAUGAGGACCAUGUCAUGUAUUUGAAAGCUCCAGAACAGCUACUAAAUGUCGUCUUCUGUAUUGUAUUUUGUUUUGUGCUCACUUGGCAGACGUACUUAUUCCAUGAACUUUGUCUCAGGGGUUGACAGGGGCCCGAAACAUGAGCGUGGCCCUGGCUGCUCCCUGUGUUAUUACACUAUGUUAUUUAUGUUUAUUACAGUGUUUUUAUUGUGUGCGUGUUGAUUGUGUGAAACGUCAUGU